GGGGUCAGCUACUUUCGGAAACUGUUAGGUUGUUGCUGGAGUAAACCCAGGUGCCAACAUUUUCUAAUGUACUUUCCCAAUCUAUCUAUCUAAUGCCGUGCCCAAAAAGCACGGAAGUGGAGAGAAUCUAGAAAUGUGAAAAAAGAAUAUAAAAUGGCCAUAUCUUUCACAUCCUCAAAAAUUCAGAAAAAAGAGAAGUAAUAAUUAAAUGCGAAAUAAAUCAUUGCACUAAAGCCAUUAGGUGAAGCAAAGCACGUUAGAAUAAUGGCGGAACACAAGUUGACAAAUUUAGAAGUCAUUGUUGUUGUUGAAGAGGUGUCAUGUGUUGUUGUUGCUUUUGUGUAGAGAAGAUCUCCUAUCUGGGAUGUGGGUUCUCUAUAUUUUCUUAACGGAUUCUGGCCCAGCAGAUCUGAAUUCCUGUUUACUCUUUUGUCUGGAAAUGAUCUAAGCUUCUUCAAUGGCUGAACACAGAGACCCUGCUUGUGUUAUUGGCUCUAUGGGGAGGUUACCUUUGUUUGUUGGUUCAUGGGCUUUCUGGGUCAUUCUGGUUUGGGAUUACUUUGUCUUCUGUACUUUGGCUGUGCAAAAUCAUGGAGCUGGUUCGUUUUGUGGGUUGCUGUCCUGAAUUUGGUGAAUUAUGGGCAAUCUUUGAGAAGGGGUAGAAGAGGAUACAGAAAUGGGAACUGAAGUACAAUCUAAGAUGUUUCUGCAAGGAUAUUAUUCCUUGAGGGAUCUAAACAACAAUGCUGGCAAAGGGAGCUGGCCUCUACAUCAUGAACAGAAAACAUUGAGAAGUGGACAGUACCAUGAAAUAUUCUUGAGAAGGCCAGAAAUGGAUGGAUAUGAUGGACAUGAUAAGGAACUACUGAGGCAAACUAUAUUGAAGCAUGAAACCAUAUUCAGGCAGCAGCUCUGUGAGCUCCAUCGUCUUUACAAAAUACAAAGGGACUUGAUGAAUGGUAUCAAAAGCGAGCCGCACAAACAUCUGAUACCAGCAGGGACAUCACAAUCAAAUUCUUUUCUAUCUGAAGAUGAGAAAAAGAGGUGGCAUGUUUCCACUUUGUCCUUGGAUUCUAGUUAUGGUAGAGCGUCCACAAUAGGUGUGGAUAGCAUUCCAUCUCAUUUUAAUUCUGAGAAAGGGAAGAUCACGCAAUCCAAUUGUGGUCCUACCCAAAGUGGAGUAAGGCCGAAGCUUCAGAGAAGAUUAUUUGACCUGGAAAUUCCAGCUGAUGAAUACAUUGACAAUGAAGGGGAAGAGCAAAAAGUUUCUGGAGACUUGGGAGUGCAAAGUUAUCCUCCCAAUGGGCCUAUUGUUCAUAAGAGGGAUGGAAAUUUGUCUAUUUGCAUUGGGGAGAGCACUUGCUGUAGUGUUGACGCUUUUAGUUCCAAUGUGCAUUUGAGGAAAGCCCCUGGCUUGACCGAUCUGAAUGAAAAAAUUCAGGUUGAGGAAUCAUAUGCUUCAGCUAUUCUAGCCAAUAAUACCUGCUCCAAAGAGGAGAUGCAAAGGCAGGAUUCAUCUGCCAGUGCAUAUUCAGGCUUCCAGUGUUUGGCUAAGGAAUUCUCUCAAAAUCUGCAUAAUGGAAGGGGUGGAGCAGUUAGCAAUCUGCGUUUUGAGAAUAAAAGCAAGCAACAAGAUCAGUUAUUUUGUACGUUUGAAGCUGGGAACACUGGAAGCAACAGAAGCUCGCUCGGUGGAAGUUUUCGUCCUGAAGAUUUUCCUAAGCCUUGUGAAUCAUCACAAGUUGACACUAUGAAAGCUCGUGACCCUGCAGCGUGUUUCCUUUCUGGUCAGAGUAAGACAGAGCAAAAGAUAAAGAGGACAAUUUUUGGUGUAGAAAUCUCUGACACAAAUCAUGAUUCAUCUGUUGUGGCUUCCCCUUCACUUGGUCUGCAGACCUCACUAGGUCCUAAAUCUGAUGUGGCUAAUUCUAAGUCAUUUACUAUUUCACCUUGGACAAAGCCUCCAGGUAGCUUGAGCCAGCACUUAACAUCAACUCAAGGAAACCCUUGCUACAAUACCUCUCCUCAGUCAAAUAAGAGUUCGGUAACAUUGAUGCGAGGCCCUGAAGUUACUGGGGAGUUACUUAUAGAUAAUUCGAAAUCAAUUCCAGAUAUAAGAGGUGAAGUAUCCUACCAAAAUGAUGUCUACCUUGGUUCACAGUCAGUGUCCAGCGAAUUACAUGGUUGCCGGCCAUCAGGUCAGCUUGGCUUUCCAAAUGGUAUCAAUGAUCUUGCUCUUGAGCAAUUUCAGCAACACGAGCCUCAAAAAUACCUUUGGGGUUCAGGCAGUAUCAUGGAUGUGAAGUCUGCAAAGAAAAUGAAUAUGGAUGCAGUAGCUCCGAAUGAUCAAUACAAAGUGAUUUGUGAACAAAAUCUUGUUUCAGUCGACUGGCCAAGGACCCAGGAGAAUUCACAGGGAGCAUCUUCUUGGCUAAGACCAAUGUCAAACUUUAAUGGUAAAUAUUCCAGAGAAAAUGAGGGCUCUGGUCACAAUAAUUUGGGUUCCUGGCAAAACUAUUCUCUGCAAUCUGUCAACAAAACUGAAAUGAUUAAUGGUCCAUCUCAGAGGUUUACUCAGGACUCCUCAUCAGCAACAUGUGCUGAUGAUGCUGAGCAUGGAAAAAUUGAUAAAGGUAUCUGCUCAAGCAAUAUGAAGAUUCUUGGGUUUCCUAUUAUUGACAAGCCUCAUAUAUUGAAGGAUCUUUCUUCUCAUAGCUCCCCCUCAAAGCGUAGUUGUCUUGCUUCUGCAAUUGAUACUGUAAAUGCUGGGUUAGUUAUAACUGAUUUGGCUCAUGAUCCCAUGUCACCCAGAUCUGGAGAGCAACUGAAAGAGAAGGAUCAGGUCGUAGCAAAGGGAUUGGAUAACCAUGGUGCCCCUUCUAGACAUCAGAUUGACUUGAAUAUUUGUGUAACUGAAGAAGAGGUUCUAUCUACACCCUCUUCUCCCAUUGCAACUCAGAUAGAUUUGGAGGUACCAGUAGUCAUUGACACAAAAAUAGUUAUUACUCCUGCAGAAGGAUCUCCAGAAAGCAAAACUAGAUUUGCAACAUUACAAGAUGAAUCUAGGGUGCCUUGUGAGGGACUUAUCAGAGUGGCAGCAGAGGCUCUACUUUCCAUCUCGUCAUCUCAUGUGCAUAAUCUUCCAGGCCAUGCUGUAGAUAAUCUUCAAGAAAAUGCUACUUGUCACCAGUCAGAAGCUUCACUCACCGAUUCCCUCCAUUGGCUUGCAGAAAUAAUUUCUUCAUACAAGGCUGAUGCUGAGAAUGAGCCUGUAGAAGUUUCGAUGGGUAAAGACAAUUCUUUGCAAGAAGAGCUUAUACCUGAUGGGAUUGAUUUCUUUGAGUUCAUGACAUUAAAUUUGACUGAAAGCAAGGUAGAGGACUACUGUUAUAAACCUGAGACUUUGGAAAGCCAAAAAGAUGAAAACACAUUGCAAAGAAGGCCUAGUAGACGUCAAACGAGGAGAGGAAGGCAACGGAAAGAUUUUCAAAGAGAUAUACUUAAUAGUAUCACCUCUCUUUCGAGGAAUGAGGUGACUGAGGAUCUCCAGAUAAUCGAAGGGUUGAUUAAGGCAACUGGUGGCACUUGGCAGUCAGGUUUGGCACGCAAAAAUUCCGUUAAGGGUGGUGGUGGAAGGGGGCGGAGGCGUUCAGCGGCUUCUAAUUCCCCUUCUAUUGCAACUGCAGUUUGCCUGCCCCAGGUUCAGCAACCUAAAUGUAUAGUGCUCGGACUUGAGGAAAGAAGCCUAACAGGAUGGGGAAAGAGGACAAGGCGUCCCGCUCGACAGAGAUGUCUGAUUAAUAAUCCUCCUCUCUGCCUAAAAUAAGUAAGAGGGAGAUGCCUGUGUUAUUAGGAAGUGCACUUGAGAAGGACUUGAGGCUUUUGCCAUCAGCUUUCUAAGCUAUGGCCCAUGGGGAUUUUACAUUGUACAUGUCUUCUUGGUCCUAAUUAUCUAUAUUCUGAGUGAGUUGUAUGAUUCAGCAUAAAUACUUUUGCAUUGAUUUUUUAGUGACAGAUAGAGUUUGAUAAGUCAAAAUUGUAACGUAACCGAAAGGAUUUUGUGAAAGAUUAUGGAUGGAUGUCUGCAUACCUCCAGUUCAAGAUUUUUAGAGUUGUCCAGAUA